GAGUAGUUCUCCCGGGUCCGCUCCGCGGGCUUCUGGGGGAUGUAGUUUUUGGUUUGUAGUCAGGACGGAAGGAGCGGGGGAGGCCCCUUACGCAAACUACAAUUCCCGGCGGGGAGCGCGGUGAAAGGGGGUGGGAUCUGAACAUGGCGGCGGUGGUAGCUGCUACGGCGCUGAAGGGCCGGGGGGCGAGAAAUGCCCGCGUCCUCCGGGGGAUUCUCUCAGGAGCCACGUCUAACAAGGCUUCCCAGAAUAGGACCCGGGCACUGCAAAGCCACAACUCCCCAGAGUGCAAGGAGGAACCUGAACCCCUGUCCCCUGAGCUGGAAUAUAUUCCCAGGAAGAGGGGCAAGAACCCCAUGAAAGCUGUGGGACUAGCCUGGGCCAUCGGCUUCCCCUGUGGUAUCCUCCUCUUCAUCCUCACCAAGCGGGAAGUGGACAAGGACCGUUUGAAGCAGAUGAAGGCUCGGCAGAACAUGCGGGCAUCCAACACGGGCGAGUAUGAGAGCCAGAGGUUCAGGUCCUCCUCCCAACAUGCCCCGAAUCGUGGAACUGAGUCCGGGGUGCAGGCCUGAGGAACACUGUAGCCCUCCCCUAGACUGUUGACUGUGGCCUCUUGAGCCAGAAGCCCUUUGGGUUUGACUUCAAUUCUGAUCCUUGCCUCUGAAUUCCACCAGAGGGCGCAUGAAGCCCAGGCUGCUGCCAGCUCCUGGCCCUGUCCCUUCCCUCCGAAGCAGCCAGCCAAAGAUAAAUAAAAUUGAGUGUAAAGGAAACAGGACUGGGUUUGUGAGUCCCUUGGGAGGGGAGUGGCAGAGGGUGGGACCGGUUACUAUGUGCUCCCUCUCACUGAAGUGCUCAGAGUAUUGGAUGAUUGGAGAAACUAGAUUUAAAGCACUAGCCUGGGCUCAAGCCCUGUGGACCAAACCCUCAGAACUGCUGGUCAGGAGGGUGGAGUCCCACUCAACCUUGAACAAAUAAUUGAGAAUCAAAGAGGGCAUUCAGGGGGUGGAGGAGAAAAAGCACUACUUUUGCCUGAAUCCAAAUGACUCAGCCUCUCUGGGCCUCAGUUUCCUUAUUUGUAAUGGGAAGGUCUAAGGCAAAGAUUCUAAGUCUGAAUCUAGGGUCCCACCCCACCCCAUCCCCACAUGUAAAAUUGUAUGUAUACAUACAGCCUUGUGGGGAAAAUGUCUACAGCUCUCUUGAAUUUUUCAUCUUUAUUAAAAUUUAUAAAUACAUGAGCUACUAACACAGAUCCUUUAAUAAAAGACAACCUAGGUUCUCAGACUAUCUG